AUGACAGUAGGAUUUGUAGAGAUUUUGAGAUUGCAAUUAGGAGUACUAUUUAUAUGUAUUAAUUUAGUUUUUAGUUUGUAAGAGAGAUCAGAAUGGAAAAUUGAAAAUGUUGUAUACAAUAGAUUAAGAAUGUUGGACUGGUAGUUAUAUUAUUCAUGCAUGUAUUGUAAUAUUUUCAUUAAUGAUCAUGUUCUUAAUAGUGAUUAUUGGAUCCAAAUUAUUUAUAGAGGUUAAAAAUAAUAAAAAGAACGCAUUUUCUUAGAGAGAAGGAUCUACUUAUACUUUUAUGUUUCUAUAUGCAUCAUUAUCAAUGUUAAUAUACUCGAUAAUAGAAUAACCAAAAUAUUCUAUAGUUGUGAUUUUAAUUCAAUUUGGAACAAGUUUCUUAUUCUUUUAUAAAGUUCAUUUUAAAAAGCCUUUUUAUAAUAAGAAUAUUUAAAAACUUUGGUCAGCAAUUAGCGGUUUAGUUUUUUAUACAAAUUUUAUGCUUUUAACAGCAUAUACUUUUGAACAUCUUGUUCUUAUAGAUACUAUGAAAGCAUGGAUUGUUACUAUGCCAAUGCUAUUGGUUAUUUUAUUGUAAGAUGAAAGAUAAACUAUAAAUUUAAUAAAAGCAAAUAUGAUUCAACAACUUUCGAGUUUGGAAAUUAUUUAACUUUCUGAAUUUUUGAUUGAAUUAUGUGAAGAUUAUGAGAAGGAUACAAAUAAAGAGAUUCUUUUAUUAGGUUUUUUGGAAGUCCAUAAAUAAACCUGUUUAAAUCCUAAAUGCGCAAUUAAAACAUCUGCUGAAUUAUCAAAGAAAUUUAAAGAUAAUCUCAAAUAUACAGAUAAAAGAAUUAUACUGAAAGAAAUUAUUAAUUAGAUUUAUUUACUUGGCCUUGAAACUUAUCCUCUCAAUGUUGAUUUAAAACUACAUUAUUCAUAUUUUUUAUUAGAAGUACAAGAGUAAGGAUAAAAAGCUCUAAAUGAAGUAAAUAAAGCUGAAAUGGGUUUUCCUUCUUUUGAUUAAUAAUUUUUAAUCUUUAAGAUGAGAUAAAUAAUUGAUGAUAAUUAUUAAAAAUCUACAAUUACAAUGGAUUAAGUUAAAUACAUCUAAGCUAAAGAUAGAAGCAUAAAAUAUUAAUAUAAAUAAAUAAAAUAAUUGUCUGAAGAAUGUGCGUAUUAUAAAAUUUCAUUUUGGAAUACUUUAUUGGAUGAGAAUCCAAAUUUAUCAUAGUUAUAGAAAUAUGGAAAUUUAAUUCUUCGAACUAUUAAUUUAUUAAAUAAAUAAUUGUUUAAGCUUGAAAGAAGUAAUUCGUUAGAUCCAUAAAUCUAUAGAUUAAUAGAUAAAUUUUCUAAAUAUGUUCAUAAUUUAGAUAGUUCUAAAGGUAUUCAAAUUGUUAAUAAAAAAAAAUUGCAAUCUCAAUAAUCAGAACAUUAAUAUUUAAAAAGUUAAGAAGAAUUAACGUCAUAUUCAUAUCCAGUUGUAGUUUUGGAAUUAUUUGGUAAAGCAAAUUAACCUACAAUAAUUAAAAAUAUCAAUUAGGCUUUCCACUCUUUAUUAGGAUAUUCCAAAACAGAUGUUAUUGGAAGACCAUUGUAACUAAUCUUAUAAAAUACGUAAUUAAAUUAACCUAUAUGUAACAUAGAUAUUUAAAAUUGCAUAGUGUUUUUGUUGAAAGUUAUUUUUCUUAAUUAAGAUAAGAUCAAGUGUAUGAAACCUAAGAAAGAACGUAAUUUUUAGUUUCAAAAACUAAAUAUACUCUUUAAACUUUUAGUACAAAUUCAAUAUUUACAACUGAUAAAGGUGUUUUUUAGUUUUGUAGGGUGAGAUAAGAUAUAUGUUAUAACAAUUGUGCUUAUAUAAUUUUUAAUUUAGAUGGAAAAAUAGAAAACAUUUCAGCGAGUUGCAUUAAUAUUCUUAACCUAGACAUCCGUUUGUUAUAAAUUAGAUAACUAACAAUUUAAAAAUUAUUUCCAUAUUUGAUGUUUAAUAAAGAUGAUUAUAUAAAUAAGAUGAAUCUGAUUGUUUUUGAAAAUCAUACAAAUUCUCUUAGCAAAAGUUCAGAUUUUGAAGAUAAAUAUAAUGAUUAAUGUGUAUCUUAACUUUAUUAUGCAUAAUUAUAUGAAAUAUCAACUAGAAAUUAUUCAUUCUCUCAAGGAGAAUAACGCCCUUAAAUUUUUGGAUACUAUUUGAAAAUAUAAAUAAAUGAAACUGUUUUACCUAAAGAGAAUUAUUUAAUAAAAAGAAAUAAAUUAACUUAUUAAUUUAAAUAUUCAAUUGAUUAAAAUUCAUAUAUAUGUAUUAAAUAAGAAUAUAAUAGAUGAAUAAGUUAGUUAAUCAACUUCAUAAUAUGAAUCAAUUAAAAAUGAUAGUGAACCAUAGGAAGAACCAAAAGUUUGUGUGUUCACUCAGUAAAGUUUUCCUAGUAAAAAAUAAUUUUCUAUGACUAAUUUGAAAUAAGGUUUAGGUUAUGAUAUUAAAACAAUGAGAUUAUUUCAAGGAGAAAUUAAAGAGAUUUUAGAUCUAGAUUAAGAAGAUGAAGAGGAAGAAUAAAUUAGGGAAAAAACAUAAAAACUAUAACUUGAAGAAUAAAAAUAGUAACCUCAAUAAAUCAAAAUAUUAAAUUAGGAAGAUCUAAUGUAUCAUCUCUUAAAUGUUCCUUAUUCUUCGAUUCUUAAAAAACUGAUUAUUAUUCUUAAUACUUUAAUGAUCUUAAUGUUUGCAAUUGCUGUAGGAAUGUACUUGGUAAUUAUAUCAACUUAAAGUUAAUUUUAAUCAGCAAUUGGUCUCUUAGCAGUUUCUAAUUAAAGAUUUGCAUCUAUUUUGAAAAUAUAAUCUAAUUUAUAAGAUUUGAGAGGAUGCUAUUUGAAUCUGGAACAAUAUACAAUCAAAUCAACUGGUGGAAGAUAUGUGGCAAUAAAUUAUGUUGAAUUAAACAAUGAAUUAGAAGUCUUAUUAGAAGCUGAUAAUAUAUUAACAUCAGCAAAUGUUAAUAUUAAUGAUGAUUAUAAAUAUGUAGUAGAUGAAUUUUAAUCAUCAAAUGUGAAGAUGUUUAAAAAAGAUAAUUCAUAUCAAAAUUUUACUUUUACUUAAGCUAUAUAAUAAAUGAUAUCUAAGGCCAUUUCACUUAAUAAUUCUAAUAUAACAAGUUUUGUGGAUUAAAAUGAAGACUUUCAUUAUUAUCUUCAUAAUACUCUUAAUUCAAUUCCUAAAUCUUAAUUAAUCUCGCAAGCUUAUUAUUAUUCAAAUAUUCUAAGUUUAAUAGACGAUUUAUUUAUUGAAGAAAACUUAUUUUUUACUUUGUAACUCUGUUGUUUAGUAUUUAUAGGAUUAUUUUUUUAAAUAUAUAUCUAUUUUCAUUAAAAAUAUUUAAAAGAGAUUAUUGCUUUAUUUUUAGAGAUUUAAGAAAGUUUAGUUAAAAAAAAGAUCAAUUCAUUUUAACUUUACAUAUAAUUGUUGCAAUUAAGUAAAGAUGAUGAAGUAAUAAAUUAUUCUUAUUUAAGAUUGAAUCAAUAGAAGAUGAAUCCGAAGAAUAGGAUGAGUAAGAUUAUUAUUUAGGAUAAUCAAAUAAAUUUAAGAAUAGAAGAUCAGUAUUCCAAAUAAAUAACUAUCAAAAAAUACAAAUAAAUUUUAUAUUCUUUCUUGCACUUCUCAUUUCCUAUUUUUCUUACUUGUACUUUUCAUCAACUGUAAUAAUAUUUAAUUAUUUAAUUUUAGAAUAUCACUGAAUAAACAAAUACUUUAGUUCCUCUAGUAAAUUUAACAUCUUUUAUGCCAACUCAAUAUAGAUUAAUUGAUAACAGUAUUAAAGAGUUACUUUAUGAUGAAAAUGCCAUACUAUUUAAUGAAUUGAAUUCAAUUUAAAAAUUACAAUAGGAAAUUGAAAAUAUUAAACUUUUAGAUGCUGAACUUCAUGUAUUGAAUUAAAAAAAUGAAUUCAUUUUAUCAGAUCAAUAUAAAUAGGUUUUUGAUGAUAUAUACAUACAAAAUCCAUGUGAAAUUAUUAUGGCUAAUGAUCCAUCUGUGAAUUCAACAGCAUGUUUAAAUUUUAAUAAAGAUAUUUUGUAAGAAGGUCUCUCUGUUGCAAUAACAAAUUUUUUCGAAAAUGCAUAAAAUAUGUUACAACAAUACUCAUAUUAUGAUAAAAAUGCAAUUUAUAGUAAUUUAACCUUUGAUAUCAGUUAACAUCAUAGAAAAAAUUAUACAUGUAAUAUUUAUAAUACAAGAAUUGGAAAUGCUAAUAGAAAGAUGUAAAAGGUAUUUAUUAGGGUCUGUCAUAUGUAAUUAUUAAAGGAAUUAUAAAGUUAUUUAAAUUAGCAUUACGCAGAUCUGUAAUUGCAAUUUACUUUAUUAUUCAUGAUAUUUUGUGUUAUUUCAGUGUUUGUGUAUUUUUUAGUUUGGAUUCCUUUACAGGCAAGAUUUUAUUAUGAAUCUAAGACAGCAAGAUAAAUACAAUCACUUAUUCCAAUAGAUCUUUUUAAUAAUUGUUAAUCUUUACAAACAUACCUUAGAGAUAUUAAAGAAACAUUUAAUUGA